AUGUACGGAGUGUUUCGAGACGCCGCUGUUGGGCAAUGCCUACGAUUCCUCACUCGCAGCAGACUUGCCGCCUUUCCAGAACAAUCUACAUCCUUCAAGAUCCCUGAAGAAUACUCCGCUUCCUGCCCUGAGCCUUCUACGAACCACACAUCCGAGUCCACGACGGACGAAACCGACGCUGAUGAGAGAAGGUCAACCAUUGGACGUGAUCAGCUAAACAAUUAUGACCCCGAAAACGGCGAGGACACGAAUACCAAUGGCUCAGCCGGUACAAAAAGUCCACAUCAAAAUUUUGAAGAAGACUAUGUCCUCGUUACCUGGUACUCAGAGCAGGAUCCAGACAACCCCCAGAAUUGGUCUCAUUUGAAGAAAGGAUGGCUGUCCUUCCUCAUCCUUCUGUACACCUUCACCGUUUACCUAGGCUCCUCGCUCUAUGUCGCGGCUAUUCCGGACCUUACCGAGAUUUUCAACGUCAGUCAGGUGGGUGCAUCUCUCGGUCUGUCACUCUACGUUUUCGGCUACGGCGUUGGACCACUCUUGUUCUCUCCGCUCUCCGAGAUCCCGGCCGUUGGCCGAAAUGGUCCGUAUAUCCUUCCAUUUUUCAUCUUUGUUGUUCUUAUUGUUCCAGCCUGUCUUGUCGACAAUAUGGCUGGGUUGCUGGUCCUUCGAUUUUGGCUGGGAUUCUUCGGCUCGCCUUGUCUGGCCACCGGAGGGGCAAGUUAUGGAGAUUUCUACGGAGCCAAAGAGAUGCCGUACGUGAUUGCAUUGUGGGGUGGUGGUGCAACGUUAGCGCCGGCGCUGGGCCCAUUAAUCGACGGCUUCGCCGUACAAGAAAUGAACUGGAGAUGGAACUCCUGGGAACUCCUCUGGUUAUCCAGCUUCACUUUCGUGCUCAUGUUCGCCGCUCUCCCCGAGACAUCCUCCGACACGAUCCUGCUCCGUCGAGCGCAACGACUACGCGCCCUUACAGGCCGUACCGACCUCAAAGCCGAAUCUGAAGUCCGACAAGCCAAAAUGUCUCCCCGAGCCAUCGUCUUCAACGCCCUGAUUAAACCCUGGGAAAUCAACAUUCUCGAUCCAGCCGUGUUGUUUACCACCGCCUACACCGCGCUCAUUUACGGGAUAUACUAUUCUUUCUUCGAAUCUUUUCCGAUCGUCUACGGAGGUAUCUAUGGCUUCAACUUGGGGCAGAUCGGUCUUGCAUUUCUGGCUGUGUUGGUCGGACUCGUCAUCGCCGUGAUGAUGUAUUGUUCGUACUUCUACUUCUAUGCCGAUGCGAGAAUGGCUGGUGCCGCUCCUGGAUCGGUUCCUCCGGAAGCUCGUCUGUGGCCAGGGCUUGUCGCAACCUUUUUCAUCCCCAUCGGUCUAUUCAUUUUCGCCUGGACAGCCCGUUCCAACAUCCAUUGGGUCUUCAGCCUUGUCGGAAUCGCACUUAGCAUGUUCGGCGUCUUCAUUAUCACUCAAUGCAUGUUCAUCUACCUUCCCUUCACAUACCCUCGAUAUUCUGGGUCUCUGUUCGCCGCUAACGGGUUCGCACGCGCGGCUUUCGCUGCCGGUGCCAUCCUCUACGCUCGUCCCAUGUUUGAUCAUCUUGACGUGCCGGGCGCCGCUAGCUUGUUGGGUGGCCUCACGGCACUAUGUAUCUUUGGGAUCUAUGCGAUUUACUUCUUCGGCGCGAGUUUGAGGAAGAGGAGUCGAUUUGCGGUUUCUUGA